UUUUUAAGGGAUCCAGCCUAUCUUCAUUCAAAAGAAAAAAAACACCAUGGAGAGCAAUGCUUCUUCAAUGGCUCGUGUUCUUCUGAUUUUAUCAGUAAUUUUUACCCUUUUUUCAUCAUCAAAUGGUGUAGUUGGAGGUGCAUUUGAAGAAAAUUUCAGUAAAAGUUGUCCUGGUACACAUUUCAAGACUUCUAAAGAUGGACAGAUCUGGUAUCUUACCUUAGACCAAGUAUCAGAUUGUGGGUUCAUAACAAAACAGAGCUAUAGAUUUGGUUGGUAUAGCACAAAGUUGAAAUUAGUAGGAGGUGACUCUGCUGGUGUUGUAACAGCAUUUUAUAUGUGCUCAGAAGUAGAGGCAGGGCCAUUGAGAGAUGAGAUAGAUUUUGAGUUCUUGGGAAACAGAACAGGGCAGCCUUAUCUUAUUCAGACAAAUGUGUAUAACAAUGGGAGUGGUGGACGUGAAAUGAGGCAUCAACUUUGGUUUGAUCCUACUCUCGACUUUCAUACUUAUUCCAUUCUUUGGAACUCUCAUCAAAUUGUAUUUUUUGUGGAUAAAGUACCAAUAAGGGUAUACAAGAACGCGAAUCACACAAACAAUUUCUUUCCAGCCCAGAGGCCGAUGUACGUGUUUUCAAGCAUAUGGAAUGCAGAUAACUGGGCUACUAGAGGAGGCUUGGACAAGAUAAACUGGGAAAAUGCACCAUUUGUAGCAUCUUAUAAGGAUUUUACCAUAGACGCUUGUCCAUGGAAAAACCCUUACCCUGCUUGUGCUUCAUCCACCACACAGCACUGGUGGGAUCAGAAUAAUACUUGGCACCUAUCAAGUAAAGAGAAGAUUGAUUAUGCUUGGGUUCAGAGGAACUUUGUGGUUUAUAAUUAUUGUCAGGAUACUGUGAGGAACAAGUACAAGCCUCAAGAGUGUUGGUUAAAUCCAUUGGACUAAUAUUAAAGAUUAGAAAAAAUUCAUUGGUGAGAGGAAAAUCAUAGUAGUAUUUUGAUCUUGAUUUUGAGUGUAUAUAUUGGACGAUUGAGCCAUAGUAGAUCCAUCGAUUGGUAUAUUGUAAACCAUCGGCAUUACUACUAUUGGAAAGUGAAAGAGUGGUUCACUAUAUUUACAAAUGUUAUAACGAUAUUCUUAAUGUAAUCAGUAUGUUUUAUUCAAGGAAGUUAAGAUUUCAAUUUCUCA